GACGUUUGGGAGGCAACUUCCCCACGUAUAAAAAAAGCCAGCAAGAAAAGCCAUUUGAAGACCCUCUCCUUGGGGGUCCACCGCCUCAUCCCAUGUUUUGUAACCCCUGUUGUAAUAACUAGAGAGAGAGAGAGAGAGAGAGAGAGAGAGAGAGGGGGGGGUCUAUCUUUUGGGUACUUGGGUUUGUGUCUGUGUUCUGGGGGUCCUCUGGAGCUGCAAGUUCUUAUCUGCAUUUUCUGCUUCUUCAUGGCUUUCAGGCUUGCAGAUUCUGUCUUCCUCCUCAAGGGCCCCCAUCAGACGUCAAUUCGGAGCCGAAGAAUUGCUACCCAGUGUUCACCUGGCUUAUAUUAUCUGAAAUGGGAAAAUCAACUCCAGAAGGGAAUCAAACAUAAAGGACAUUCAUUCUCCCCUAAAAAGAUUCAUAUUGUAAGGGCAGUGGCAGUUCCUGUUCCACCGAUUUCAGAAGACAGUGCUGAGUACCGGAAACAAUUAGCCGAUAGUUAUGGCUUCAGGCAAAUUGGAGAACCUCUUCCUGAAAAUGUUACCCUCAAGGAUGUUAUUGAUUCACUUCCCAGAAAGGUUUUUGAGAUUGAUGAUGGGAAAGCCUGGACUUCAGUUUUGAUAUCUGUUACUUCCUAUGCAUUGGGGUUGUUCAUGAUUUCAAAAGCCCCAUGGUACCUACUCCCUUUGGCGUGGGCAUGGACAGGAACUGCUGUUACCGGGUUCUUUGUUAUAGGGCAUGAUUGUGCUCACAAGUCAUUUGCGAAGAACAAAUUAGUGGAAGAUGUAGUGGGAACGCUGGCAUUUCUACCAUUGAUAUAUCCUUACGAGCCAUGGAGGUUUAAGCACGACCGUCAUCAUGCAAAAACUAACAUGUUGUCUGAAGAUACAGCUUGGCAUCCUGUUUGGAAAGAGGAGUUUGACUCUUCUCCUCUUCUGCGCAAGGCAAUUAUUUAUGGAUAUGGCCCAAUUCGUCCUUGGAUGUCUAUAGGUCAUUGGUUGAUAUGGCACUUUGACUUGAAGAAAUUCAGACCAAAUGAAGUCAAAAGGGUGAAGAUCAGUUUGGCUUGCGUUUUUGCUUUUAUGGGGAUUGGGUGGCCAUUGAUCAUUUACAAGGCUGGCAUUUUGGGGUGGCUUAAGUUCUGGUUGAUGCCAUGGUUGGGCUAUCAUUUUUGGAUGAGUACUUUCACAAUGGUCCAUCACACGGCACCUCAUAUUCCUUUCAAAUCUUCCAAUGAGUGGAAUGCUGCUCAAGCGCAGCUGAACGGAACCGUCCACUGCGAUUAUCCUAAAUGGAUUGAAAUUCUAUGCCAUCACAUAAAUGUCCACAUACCCCAUCAUAUAUCAUCAAGGAUUCCAAGUUACAACUUGCGUGCGGCUCACAAGUCUAUACAAGAAAACUGGGGAAAGUACUUAAAUGAAGCCACAUGGAAUUGGCGACUCAUGAAGACAAUCAUGACGAUGUGCCAUGUGUACGAUGAAGAGCACAACUAUGUCGCAUUUGACCAACUGGCGCCCGAGGACUCUAAGCCAAUUACAUUGCUGAAAAAAGUGAUGCCUGAUUAUGCUUGAGAAGAUAUUUCUAUCGGACUCUGGUGAUCUUCAGCUCUCUCUCGCUUGUGUGGUCUUCUCUUCUUGAAUUAACCCGACAGUAGGUUACCGAUCAUUAAGAUGAUCUUGCACUUGUUGAGUUGACACUUAACCAUAUUAGAGACGAAAAUAUACUUGUGAACUUUUUGGAAGUUCAAAUUUUUGUUGUCUCUAGUAUGUUUCACCAUGAUGACACAUUAUACUUAUUCUUUCAUGCCAACAUGAUAGUUGCUCAAAAGAUGCACUCAGUA